AUGACAUCUGUUAAUGAACAUUCUUUAUUAAUAAACAAUAAUGAAAAUAAUGAUAAUAAUAACAAUCAUAUAAAUCAAAGAAAUAAUAAAAAUAAUAUAAAUAACAGAAAUAACAUCGGUGUAAAUAAUAAUAAUAAUAACAAUAAUAAUAAUAAUAAUAAUAAUAUAAAUAAUAAUAAUAAUAAUAAUAAUAAUAAUAAUAAUAAUAAUAAUAAUAAUAAUAAUUCAAAUACAGGUAAAAUAUAUUUAAGAAAGAAAAAGAAAUGGAAUUUUAGGAAAAAGAUAUUACCAAUGAUAGUUAUAUUAAUUAUAACGGCAAUAGUGGUUUGUUUAGUAGUUUUUAGUUUACCAUUUGAUAGUUCGAAUACAAUUUAUAAUCAAUCGCCAUUUGUAAUAAAAGAAGAUGAUAAUUUAUUAGAAUUAGCAAUGAAAUCAAGACAGAAUCUUUUAAAUAUACAUGGUAAUCAAACUAUUAGUAAAUUAGAUUUUGCAAUUUUAGUUUCAAAUCCAAUUGGUUAUUGGCAAUUAGCAACUUUUAAUGGUAAAAAUAAUUCAAAUCCACAACAAACUUUAUUCUUACCUUUAUUAGCUGCUGCUGUAAAUUGGUGUAUGAAUCAAAAUAAUGAUCCACAUUGUUUACAAACGGCAGCAGGACCAAUGAUGAAUGAUAUGAGUUCUAUACAUGCAGGUAUUUUAAUGGAUAUAAUUACAGAUGCACCAAAUCAAGAAUUUCAAACAUCAAAUUCAACAGGUUUUCAAAGUUGGUUAACAAAAAGAGAAUCUAUUGAAUUAUUUUUAAAUUCUUUUAAUUUAUUAGGUAAUCAAACUAUAAUUAAUAAAUUUUAUCCUUCAAAUUCUGGUCCAACUGCAACAUGGGGAGAAGGAUUAAUUCAAAAAUUAAUGGGAGAUAAUCAAAUGUGUCCAUAUGAUUCAGCAUUGUUAAUGUUGAAUUUAGUGAAAUCAGGUAUUUUAUCAGAAGGUCAAUCAUAUAUGACCGAUUUAAUAAGUAGACAAACUUUUUCAACAUUUACAAGUAUUGGUUUUGGUUUACCACCGGGUACAACUUUACAUUCAGUAUUGGGUACAUCAUCAAGUACAAAGGAUUUAAAUGAAAUCGCUCAUUUGGUAUUACCAAAUGGUGGUGAAAUGAUUUUUAGUAUAUUUAGUAAUGGUUAUGAAAAUUUUGGACAUGCACCUUAUCAAUCAUCGAUUUUAGGAAACUUUGCUGGUGACUUGAUUAGAUCAUUGGGUAUUGAUAUCGGAUGUCCAAAUAAGAUUGUAAUGACAUCUCAAGAUAAGAAUUGCACUGUAACUGGUGCACCUUGGACAUUGGAUACUUCAAUUCAAGCUUAUAAUAAUAGUUUUCUAUAUAUUUCAGGUGGUGUCACUCCAACUAGUACCGUAACUUGGUCGUUCACUAUCAAUGUAACUGGUUUAUAUGAAGUAUGUGUAUGGUUCCCAAAUGGUGAUCUUCAUACAUCUGUAUCCUAUAAAGUUGAGCCUGGUGACGGUAUGAUCUACUAUUUCCCUGUGGAUCAAGUUCAUUAUGGUGCAAGAUGGAUAAGAUUAGAUAGUUUUUUCAUUGUUGCUGGUAAUCAACCAAUUAUUUCACUUUCAAAUAGAGGUAUUGACCCUUCAAAAACUGUUGUAGCUGAUUCUGUCAAAUUAACUCGUUGGCCAUCAAGUAAAGGUAUACCAGGUUUCUCAAAUGAUUUCGUUAUUGCUGAAUCUCCAGAAUAA